AUGUUGAUUAACUUGGAUAUUUGUUUGUCCGUGCGUGAGAGGGUGGGGAGAGGAAUUACUCCCGCUUUCCUGUACCGUUUGUUCUCUUUUAUUCUCCGCGUCAAGGACUCUCUGUCUAGGCUGUUCGCCCGCUGCGGGUGUGUCCAGUCUGUGGACAUCUGUGAGAAGCCAGGAGAGAAAAAAGAAAAACUCACGUCCAAAUUCUUCAACUGCAAAACUGUAACGGGAUUUCAAGUAGCAUACGUGGUGUUCAGGAAACCAGCUGGUGUCCAGGCAGCCAAGGCCCUGUCACGGGAAGGUCCCUUGCUGAUAUCAACAGAGAGUCACCCUGUGAAAACCGGCAUUAGCAAGUGGAUCGCCAGCUAUGCGGCCUCAGUCGUGGAUCGGGAGGAGCUGAAGGCUGAGGUGGACGCCUACAUGCAAGACUAUGACAAAAAGAUAGCAGAGGAAGAAGCCAAAGCAGCCAAGGAGGAGGGCGUUCCGGAUGAGGAGGGCUGGGUGAAGGUAACGCGGAAGGGCAGGAAGCCUGGCCUGCCCCGGACAGAGGCUGCCAACCUGCGGGUGCUGGAGAGGGAGAAGCGGAAAAGGGCCCGCAAAGAGCUGCUCAAUUUCUAUGCUUGGCAGCAUCGCGAGACCAAGAGAGAGCACAUCGCCCAGUUGAGGAAGAAAUUUGAGGAGGACAAGCAGAGAAUCGCACUGAUGCGAGCCCAGCGCAAAUUUCGACCAUACUAAGUCGUGCCGAGCUAUUUCCUCAGAUGCUUGUGCUGGAGAGGGCAGGAGAGAUGCCUAUGGACUCACAUGUGCCGAAGGAUUUCAAGGAAUUGAGGCAGCUUCGGGUUGGCCCUGCCCUUGGAUCUAAAGUGGGAGAUCCCAGCAACCGCCACUGGAGGGGGUGUUUCCUUCUGUCGCACCGGUAUCCUCCUGCUCUCCCUGCCAUCGUUCGGCCCUGUGGCACCACUUCCCAAGGUGCUCAGGUCAAGGUCCUGUGACAACCUGUAUCUCCCUGCCACGCAAGGCCCUCCUAAAGUUUGGUGAGAGCUGGGAUUGACCUAGCACAGCCUCUGCAGGGGCAGGGAAUGGCUGAAGAACUGUAAAUAAACUGCUGCUAUGUUCUCAGAACAUGGAAUGCCUCUCUCUCCCCCAUGGUCUGCUGUGGGGGACAGCUUCUUGUGUGCUGGGUGGCAAUUAAAGUCAUGGC